AUGGAUUUGUUGACAGAUACCGAACGGCGAUUAACCGUCGAACGACUCCUAAAGUACCAAGGCACCGCCAAGAUCGACCUCAACCAAAUCUCUCUCCAGCCACUCAUAAGCCGUGAGAUUGACCAAAAGAACGUGGAACGAUUACGUGAUAUCUUUGCUAAGGAUGGGUGCCAGCGACUCGACAUUCGAAAUCAUGUGACUGCUGUUGUCUCCAGGCAGCACCUCGAAAGAGCAUGCCGUGCCGCAGGACUGACCCCCGAAGAACUUAAAACUUGUCAACCGCAAUACCCCCGCCUUCUUUUUCGUAGGCAUCAAGUACAAUGCCUCCAUGGGCAACAUAGAUUGAAAGCUGCUGAGGAGACAUUACCUCCCUCAGACCGGUGGUGGACGGUGGACAUAUAUCUGGAUGACAUAAGCCCUGAUCUAAGGACUGCACUCAUAGAUGAAUAUUCAAACGAAAAGGCUCCCACUGAUGGAGAAGUGUACCGGAAAAUCCGCCAGUAUCAGCAUGAGGCGAACGCGCUCUUUCAAAAUCGUUGGUGGACUCGACUAUCGCCGAACAAAGCCAAGCGGCUGAGGCAGCUCACUUCUCCAGAUAACACACAUCUCUGUGCAGCAUUUGACGCGUUACUUGCGAUCCCCGGGCUUUGGAAUGGGAUGAGCCUUGGGUUAUUAAACACAGUCCUUGCUUUAAAGUGUGAUGAAGAACUCAUUCACUACUUGACACAUGUGAAGAAUUUUUGGGCAACCCUUGUCAACCAUGACCGCACUCGGAUGGCCCUUAUUGACCUCCACACCGUUGACACCCUGCAGCUUUACGCUCCUCGUGCGUCUAAAGUUGACCGGAAGACGGUGAAGGGGAAAAUCCUCGGCGGGGAGGUCUUCUCCAACUUUAGCCGGUCCGAACGUGCGGCAAUAUGGGAGAAGAUCCGGACCCAUGAAAUGUGCGAUGGCAUCAUCCCAUCCCUUCAUACCUUUUUCCGCGAUAUUUCUUACCUAGAACUCUGUGCCAAUGCUGUGAAACGGCUGGUUGUUUUAAACAAGCAACAGCUGACCGUGCGACGCGCGCUCGUCCAUAGCUUUCGAUCUCGUCGCUCCAACGGAUCUUGUCUAAUCCAGACAUCGGAGACUUCUUUCCGACGACAGCCUGGAUCUAGGAAUGAACGUAUAUCCUCUGGUUAUCGUCAAAUCUGGAUGUACGCGAUGCGACACUACCCGGACAUGGCCAAGGAUCUUCAGCGCGGCCCAAAGGCUAAUCCCACGCGGGCAAAGGCACGAGCGAGGGCGGACGAGAGCGUGAUUCAUGGAAUGGCCACCCUUGCCAAGCAGCUAGGAUUUCGUACUCCACCAAUUAAGGCGAUCCUACGACAAUCACCUGACCAGCAGAUUGCCCGGGCUGCCCUGCUCAAAGCACGGAAGCCGGAUCACUACCACUAUGACCAUGAGACUUUCGAGUCUCUUGUUGAGCAGAUUGCUGGUUAUUUUGCGCUCGCUAUCCCAAACGAGGCCGCACCGGUGGCGCAUAUCACGGGACGGGCAAUUCAGCUAAAGGAGCGCUGUGGAGUGCCUCAGGAGCAAACCCAGCAACUAGACCGUCCGCAUGUCUUCUUUGACACUCUACACUCGGCAACGGUGUCACAAAGAAACCUCUCAUCGCUGGAGGUGAGACGAAGCGUUUACUACGCCUUUUUCGGCAAGCCCUCCCCAACAACCUCCCCACGUGCUUCUCCGGGGCAUCCAUCAUCCAGCGAGCCUCUUUCACCAUUGUUUAUCCCCAGCGAUGUUCCGAGAUCAGAGUCGGAACCGGCAUACGACAAUAUGUCGGUAAACGGCUCUGAUGAGGCGUCAUUCCAUGGCCGUCAGGAUCGUUCGGAAACCCCUGAAGAACAACAUCAGAGGCAAGGAGAUCGAUGGCAUCGACACCAAGAAAGACAGCCGGCGGUGGAGCACGGCCCACCUCUUCCCCAAGAGCCUUCCAUACCAAGUUCCAUAAGAGCAGCGUCUACUAUCUCUGAGGUCAUGGAUAUGGAUUGCGAAAGGUCUGCCGCAGGAGAUCAGAUUCGACGGCAGAUUGUCGAACAACAGCCGGCAGGUGGCAGAGGAAUGGAUUCUGGCAGUGAGGAACCGGAUGAUACGGAGAUCGAUGAAGAUGAACUACGUAACCGAUCAGAGGGUGGGAGUCUGGGGGUGGAGGGCACAGGCACUGUGGCUUCUUUGACUUCAGGGGCGCCACGCGACACGGAUAUGUCCAGCGUGCCAGACGAGGGAGCAGAUGCAGUGUACGGGGCCAUGGACAUGGACAUGGGUUCGUCCGCACUGACCCCAUCCGAGUCGGUGGAAGAUCGUGCUGGUAUGCCAGCUACAUUAUCACGCCAGUUAAGUGCUCAGUUACCAACAAUCCCCUCAGUGUGUAACUCGGAGCCAAGCGCGGAGCAACGACCUGGAUUUGGUCCGUUGCAACCCAUCGCAGAGCACAUGGAGCUGGAAGUAACUCGGUCGGUCGACCAGCCGGAUGGCCCGGAGCAUAAUUUGGGAGGACCAUUCCCAGCUGAAGCUCUGCAAGGGACAGUCGGAGAACAAAUUCCGCCCGGAACGGAGCUCAUCACUGGAGCAGGUGACGAAUCCCAAGAAGAUCUAGUUGCCCGGGAGCGCGCAGAUGCUCUUGAUCAGCUACAAACACCUGGGGCUAUCCCCCGGCCUGUGACUGAGCUUCCAUUUGACUUGCCGGAUCUGAUUACACGAUUGCGAGACGAGGGAAGCCAGCUGGAGGAUGAACGUGUACCCCUUGUCAAUCAUCCAACGCAGGGACAUCCGGAACCGGGGGCUGGAGUUGCUCUGCCACGUCCUGAACCCCCCGUUCCCAGUGCGAUAGAGAGCUCGCGUGGUAGUCCACGGGACGAUGAGAAUGCCCCACGGUCUCCACGUCCGCGCCUGAGAACCAGUCCGCAACCACGCAAAUCAGAUGGCGUGCGGAAACUGCGGGCGAAGAACCGACCGACGCAUCAAGAUCUUAACGGGGCAGGAACUCGGGAUGCCGCCAUCGCAGAUGAAUUAUGGAAUAGUGAUGAUGGGGAUGAAAAGUUGACUGGUGCUGUUGACGCGGGCCCCUCUCCACUGGAUACCGAACAAUACCCAGCCAAUACACCCGAUCCGGAACAGGCUCAACGCGAAGCGAUUGACAGACAGGAAGAGGAGGAUUCCCUGUUUGACACUCCGCAUCCGUUGGAAGAGACGGAUUCCCAAGAGAUGGAAGAGACCCAACGGCGGGUCACGAUAACCUUCCAGGUCUACGAGCGGAAUCAAUGGAGCACUACGGAUGUGGUGUCUGUGAGCCCUGAUCACCUGGCCGAGGCGCAGAUUCUCGCCGACGGAUAUGCACGCGACCCCAAUCGGAAUGCGCGUUUCUACGAUGGCCAACUCCGCAAAGUUGCAGUCGAUGAGUGCAUUCGCGCUGCGAUUGACGAUGGUAGUUUCACUGUCCGGAUGAGUUUUGGAAGGGACCUCGUGGUGACCCGGCAGCUUGUCGCGUCUAUAGCACCACUUCGGGCUGUUGGCAGUGAUGACCCAGAACGUGGGCAGGACCAACCUGGAAAGCGGGUGAAAGCCAAUGCCGGCACUGCGUUGGCCGGUCCCGUUGGAACGCCGGAGGAUCCAGCUCCGACGGUGACCAGCGCGCUCACCUCGAGUGUGAGCGAGCGACACAAUCGCAAAAAACUCACACCUCGGAUCGUCGCUCGGCGGGCGCAGGAUGUGUGGCCCCAUCAGGCAGAGGCAACUCCUCAGCCCGUGACGAUCGUGUUCCGGGUCCGAGAAAACGACGGGCGUUGGAAGACGGCGCACGAGGUGGUCGUUGAUCGGUCGGAUCCAUCGCAGGUAGAACGGGUGGCGAGAAAGGAAGCGAGGAACCGGCAGGCAACGUUCUACGAUAAGAAUCUGCGGCUGCUCACGCCCGCACAAUGCUUCAAGGCAGCCAUUGAGGAUGACACCAAUACCAUUUUUAUGCACUUCGGGGGGGAGCUUGCGAUGGACGAAGACACGAUGAGGUCAAUCGCACGCGAUGUGGAACUGUGA